AUGCUGCCCAAGAGCGGGACCGACGAAGCGCUCCUACCCAUGGCCAUGGGCCAGGCCCUCGUCUGGAAGCAGUGGGAGGAUAAGGGCACCACCUACCACAAUGACGCGGAGCUGGCCCAGAGGCUGCAGGCCGAGCAGGAUCGGGAGGACGCCCGGAAGCGCGCCGAGGCCCGCCAAGCCGCCGAGGCGCGCAGCAGCGCCCGCGGCCCGUCGACGUCGACGUCGACCGCAGUCUCCGACGCCCAGCUUGCCCGGAUGCUCCAGGAGGCCGAGCGCUCGGGAGCCGCUGCCCCGCGCCCCGCCGCGACCACCCUCAACGCCCAGGGCCUCACUGACGCCGAGAUCGCGGCGGUGCUGCAGGAGGAAGAGGAAGCCAUGGCCCGCGCGCGCCUUCGACGGAACCAGCGGACCAACUAUUAG